AAUUCAUUUUUCAAAAUUUCAAUUCUUACCAUAUCUUCAUUGCCAAUUGAUAUUGAUGUGAUCUUCGAUAUUGACAAAGAAUCUGAUAUAGAAAUUAGUGACUAUGAGCUUGAUGAAACUAUUGAUAGAAUUAUGGAUGCGACGGAUGAAUGGAUAAAAAAUCUUAAAAAAGCAGGACUUAGUUAUGUCUGUAGUAUUGCUAGAAGAGAUCCUAAUAAAAAGUCACAGUUUACGCAAAAAGAAUCAAAAAAGUAUGGAUGUAAAAGUUAUAUCCAAGCUGCACUUCCAAUUAAUUCAAAUACAGUUACAUUGCAGCAUUACUAUAAACACAAUAAUCACCAACCUGGUCAGCUAUCAGACUUAUGUACACUUCCAUUAUCUAAUAAUAUUCAGUAUUUCAUUAAACAAUGUGCUUUAGAAGGGCUUGAUACUUACAGCAUACAAAGACUCUUGCGACAUCGAGGAAUUGAACUUCAGAAUUAUGUACAGCUUGUAAAAAAAGUUCAUAAUAAUAAUGACCCUUCGAAUAUCCAGUCAUUACAAGAUAGUUUAGUAACAAAAGAUGAUAUCUAUGCUAUUGUACAUAAUAUAAUGAAAACAUAUGCUUACCUUGAUGAUAAUGAGCUAAGAUCUCUAGUUAAAUAG